CAGCGUAUUUCCGACAGUCCGACCGAGUCCAGUGAAGGCAUUUCCCGGAGCUUUGCCCCUCGGCUUCGCUCCUCCUCUCCUGCUCCAGGGACCCUCCCUGUCCAUCUAGUUUAUUGUUGCAUAAACGGCCGGCCGGCACAGCUGGCUCCACAACAUCCUUCCAGGAGCACAGCUGUUUUGCAGCACAUUUCUUUUUUUUCCACCACGUCUCCCUCCCUCUUCCAUCAAGUAAUAUGAUACGUCUUGGCAACCUCAUGCUUGGCGUGUCAAACGGAGGCUUAAUGUACAGUUUGCCCGCUCUCUCUUUUUUGUGAGUUUCCAGAGGCGCGUUGCCACUGCUGCACAGCACUGAGAAGGAUUACAUUCAAAAAGGUUUUUUCCGCUUCUUAUUCUUAUUUAAUUCAACGGAGCCAUGGAGUAUCUUGGAAAGCUGUCGGGGAGCAUUUCCUAUUAUCAAUGCGCCCGGCGUCUCUUUUGCCUUUCUCUCUUCUUGGUUCUGCUUCCGUCUUUCGGAGAAAAACUUGGGACGGACGCCCAGAAAAUUCAGGAAUACGAUGUGCCUCCCAACCUCCGCUCCUUCCCUCCUCGCCUGCACGUCCGCAAGAAGCGCUACACGCUCACCCCGGGACACCUGAAGUGGGACCACUUCAACCUCACCUACAAGAUCCUGUCUUUCCCCAGAAACCUCCUCAACGAGAGCCAGACCCGGAAAGGGUUGUCGGCCGCCUUCCGGAUGUGGAGCGACGUCACGCCCUUCGCCUUCCGGGAAGUGCCGCCGAGCCACGAGAGCGACCUCAAAAUCGGCUUCUACCCCACCAACCACACGGACUGCCUGGAGUCCCGGAUCCACCACUGCUUCGACGGCACCACCGGGGAGCUGGCGCACGCCUUCUUCCCGCAGACGGGCGAGAUCCACUUCGACGACCACGAAUACUGGAUCCUGGGAGACACCCGGUUCAGCUGGAAGAAGGGGGUGUGGCUGACGGACCUGGUGCACGUGGCGGCCCACGAGGUGGGCCAUGCGCUGGGACUCAUGCACUCCCUGGACCCCGAGGCCCUCAUGCACCUCAACGCCACCCUGACCGGGAAGAACCAAAUUUCCCAAGACGAGAUGUGGGGGAUCUACCGACUCUACGGGUGCAAAGACCGGCUGUUCAUCUGCCCGUCCUGGUUGCGCAAGGGAUACUGCCGGACGCGGAGGAGGUUCAUGGCAAAGCACUGCCCGUACAGCUGCGACUUCUGCCUGGAUUUCCCUUUCCCGACGGUGGCCCCGACCGCCCUGCCUCCCAGGAUGAAAACACGGCUCGUUCCCGAAGGAAGGAACGUCACCUUCCAGUGCGGACGCAAGAUCACCCACAAAAAGGGCAAAGUGUAUUGGUACAAAGAAAAGGAGCAGCUGGAAUAUUCCUACCCGGGUUAUCUUUUCCUGAACGACGGCCAGAUGAGCAUCAUCGCCAACGCCAUCAACGAGGGGACCUACACUUGCGUCGUGAAGAAGAAGUCCAAGGUCCUGACCACGUUCUCCUGGCGGAUCCGGCUGAAGCAUUAGCUUGAAACCCACAACGUGUUGGACUUCUUUUUCAGACGCUUGAACCAUCUCAACGACAGUAAGACAUUGCUGUAUACACUUGUGCCUUUCUCAAUGUCAAUUAUAUUUCUCUGGGGAUGAUGGACAUCACAACCUCAGGAUGAAGAAGAACCAGGCUAUAGUCUGACAUUAUUAUUUCCCAUUGAAGUCAACCACGGCUGCGAUUAUCCAACAGUAUAACAUUCCGUAGUCUUAAAUUCACCUCGAAUAUUUUUCACUUUCAGAUCUGCCAAAUACAUAAGGAGUUAAGGACAUGCAUGCUUAUUCCUUGCUCUGGAAUUUGGGAUGUGGGCAUCCUUCGUGCUUAUUUACUUCUUUAAUUCUAUUUUAAUGUCUGUAUAUUUUUUAGGUUUUGGAUUGUACUGUGUUGGCUUUUAAGGCAACCCGCUUCAAAGGAAAAAGCGGAAUGCGAAUAAUAAUAAAAAUGACGAUUAUAAUUA